AUGAGUAUCUAUCACAGUCUGUUCCUAUCUAUUUCUGCUCCUAUCUAUCCAUCUAUCUCAGCCUGCUCCUAUCUAUCCACCUAUCUCAGCCUCUAUCUCUCUUUCACAGUCUAUUCAUAUCUAUCUAUCUAUCUAUCUCAAUCAAUUUCGACAGAUAGGUUUUUCUUUUCUUUUUCUUUCUUCUCUCCCUUCCUUAUUUUCCGUAAUUUUAUCACAUUCGUUUUCUAUUUCUUUAUUUUGAGGUUUUUCUUCUUCUUUUUUUUCCUUUGUUGUUUCUCUUCUUUGUCGUCUUUUUUAUUCUCGUUCCUCCAAACCUUUCUUUCUUUCUUUUCUCUCUUUCUUUCUUUCUUUUCUCUCUUUCUUUCUUUCUUUUCUCUCUUUCUUUCUUUCUUUUCUCUUUCUUUCUUUCUUUCUUUCUUUUCUCUUUCUUUCUUUCUUUCUUUCUUUCUUUUCUCUUUCUUUCUUUCUUUCUUUCUUUCUUUUUUCUUUCUUUCUUUCUUUCUUUCUUUCUUUUCUCUUUCUUUCUUUCUUUCUUUCUUUUCUCUUUCUUUCUUUCUUUCUUUCUUUUCUCUUUCUUUCUUUCUUUCUUUCUUUUCUCUUUCUUUCUUUCUCUCUUUCUUUCUUUCUUUUCUCUCUCUUUCUUUCUUUCUUUCUUUCUUUCUUUCUUUCUUUUCUUUCCUUUUCCUUUAUUGUUCACCUUUCUUUCUUUCAUGCCGCCUUCGUAGAUUACGAAUGUCAUGCCUAUCCCUUUACCUAUCUAUCUAUCUGAGUCUACAUAGUACCUAUCUAUCUCUCUCUCUAUCUGAGUCUAUACAGUAUCUAUCUAUCUAUCUGAGUCUAUACAGUAUCUAUCUAUCUAUCUAUCUAUCUAUCUCAAUUUUUAUUGCUGGUUAUAUUUUAUUCUAUCUAUCUAUCUAUCUAUCUAUCUAUCUAUCUAUCUCAUUCCAGUUGCCUCCAGUGACCAUGGCCACAGGACCCCCCCAUUAUAAAAUCAUCCUCUGCGGAGAAUACGGUGUAGGGAAAAGUUCAAUAUUUAAGCGCUUCCGGGAUGAUUCGCUUAUUGAAGAUGAAAACAACAGAAUGUCGACAGUCGGUUUGGACCAAUGUUCGCGCCUUUUUCCUCUUAAUGGAAUCGAUAUCAAGUUGACUCUCUGGGACACGGGCGGCAUGGAGAGGAUGAGUUUUAUUGGGUCCAGUUAUUACCGAGGUGCUGACGCUGCUCUCCUUUGUUACAGUUGCGAGAAACGCGAGACAUUCACGAUCCUUUCACAGUAUAUCCUGGACGUGGUGAUGAACGCAGAAGGCGCGAAAAUCUUCCUCUGCGGUAAUAUGGGCGACGAGGGCUCAGAAAGUGCGGUGACGGAGGCCGACGUGGAAAACUUCAAGCAGGAAUGCGACGGUGUACUGUCCGGCGUCUACAAAGUCUCCGUUCAGGAUAACAAGACCAUUUUGGACAUGUUCGAGGACAUUGCCCGAGUCAUGCAUGAUAUUAAGGCCGACCGCAUGUCCAGUGGCGGCUUCAUGCUAGUACCGGCGGGAGACGAUUUCCAUCAGAACAAAAAGAAACGCUGCUUGCUUCUGUAG